UUCUUUACACUUAUUAUGUGACAAGUGCUACAAACAAAGGAAUAUAUCCCAGAUUGCAUGUAAGAUUCCCUCAUAGACAUAAAUUUUAUGUGCGAUAUUGUCGAAAAAGUAUCGAUAACAUAUCGAUAUAUUUUGUUGCCGAAAAUAAUAUCGACACAUUAUACAUGAUAUAUCAACAAUCAUUUUUAAUAAAAAAAAAAAAAAAAAAAAAAAAAGAACAUCUAAACUAGUCGGACUACUCUAAUAAAUUUAUAAUUCCACACAUAUCACGGUAUGUUACCGUACUUAGUAAAAAUAAAGAAUAAUAGAAAAAGAACAAACAAGUUCCAAGUUGUAGACUUAUUUGGCAGUUGAACAGAUGAUUAUUCCCCGGAAUACUAUAUUCACUCUCUAGUCUCAACUGCAAGUUGUAAAAAAACUUAAAAAACAACUAAUGGAUUCCAUGGAAUCAUACCGACCCCGCAGAUUAUUACCAUUACUGAAUCCUUCUCUUCCUCUCAAAAUCUUUGUUCCUAGAGAGACAACUUUCCCGGAAAACGAAAGAAAAAUCACUGCUUUCCCAGAAACUGGUCGAGCCAGAAGAGGAAAGCCAAACUCAAGCCAUUCCGCCAAAGUCAAAGAACAUAGUGGACGACAGAGAAGCUGCGCUUAUGGAGUUUGAUCUUGACCUCGAUGCUUUUUCUGACCGUCCUCAAUUCAGUUCCUGUAUUCCUGAUCCGGGAAGGGAAAUACCAAGAGAGAAUGAGGACAGAAGAAUGCUUACAUCCCCCUUUUUGGGACUGGAACCUGUUGAAAAUCCUAAUGCUUAUUGCUUAAUUAAAGAGAAGAUCACUCAAGCUCUGAGACAGCUCAAGGAAUUGACUGACCAACAUGUUCUAGCUCAGUUUUGGGCACCAGUGAAGAAUGGGGGUCGGUAUGUGCUCACAACUUCUGGGCAACCCUUUGUUCUUGAUCCUCAUACUAAUGGACUUCAUCAGUAUAGGAUGGCUUCUCUGAUGUAUAUGUUUUCUGUGGAUGGAGAGAGUGAUGGAAUGCUUGGGCUCCCUGGCCGUGUUUUCCAGCAAAAAUUGCCAGAAUGGACCCCAAAUGUUCAGUACUACUCCAUCAAAGAGUAUCCACGGCUUGGACAUGCUCAGCAUUACAAUGUUCAGGGAACCUUAGCUUUGCCCGUGUUUGAACCCUCUGGACGGUCCUGUGUUGGUGUUCUUGAGCUCAUAAUGACUUCUCCGAAGAUCAGCUAUGCUUCUGAGGUUGAUAAAGUUUGCAAAGCACUUGAGGCAGUAAGUCUGAAAAGUUCAGAGAUAUUGGAUCAUACAAGCAUGCAGAUUCAAAUAUGCAAUGAUGGUCGCCAAACUGCAUUGACGGAAAUCUUGGAGAUACUGACAGUGGUGUGUGAAACUCACAAAUUACCGCUUGCUCAGACCUGGGUUCCUUGUAUGCAUCGCAAUGUUUUGGCUUAUGGUGGUGGCCUGAAGAAGAGCUGUACUAGCUUUGAUGGUAGUUGCAUGGAACAGGUCUGCAUUUCCACAACCGAUGCGGCCUUCUACAUCGUCGAUGCUCCUAUGUGGCAUUUUCGAGAGGCCUGUGUUGAGCAUCACUUACAAAAGGGUCAAGGGGUUGCUGGGAGGGCAUUUUUGUCCCGUAACGCAUGCUUCUGCAGAGACAUUACCCAGUUCUGCAAAACUGAUUACCCUUUAGUACACUACGCACGCAUGUUUAAGUUAACCAGCUGUUUUGCAAUCUGCUUACAGAGCACUCAUACUGGAAAUGAUGAUUACAUUCUAGAAUUUUUUCUUCCCCCGAGCAUCACAGACAGUUAUGAACAACAAACUUUGUUGGGCUUCUUAUUGGCAAUAAUAAAGAAUCAUUUCCAGAGUCUCAAGGUUGCUUCUGGAAUUAUACUUGAAGAGGAAGGGCUUGUCGAAAUGGUUCAAGCUUCUACAAACAAGGGACUUGACUCAAGACUUGAAUGUAUACGUAUACCCCGUUAAGCGGAAACACAACCAGGGCCUGCCUUACCUAAUGGAGAAGAGAUGGUGCAGCUAGAUUCUCCUUUAUUUUAUUUUAAAUUUUAAAUUUUUGUUAAAAACAAGAGAGCUUCUUGUGUUGUUUCUUUCCAAAUAAAAAUUAUUUUGCAUAAUAUUUGUAAA